GGCUCUGAGAUACGUCUCAGUCAGUUCGCCGUGUGGAGACAGUUCGGACGGAGGGGAACGGAGCCCAGUCGAGUGAAUGUGCGUGGACCAUCAGCAGCGCGCCGCAGCCUGCCCGCCCCGUGCGCACGCGUGCUCCGCCCGGCGCGGUGUAACCAAGACACGAGGCUCGGAGCUGCUGUACGCCGGCUCUGCGGCUGUUUGUCUGCGCUCACCGAGCCCCCUCCCUCCUCCUAUGGGACUCUAAUUAAUCGGAGGCAUGUGGACUCGCACCAGGAUUAGACAUCGCUUACUAAUAGUGUGCCUGCUGUUGACGUUAUGGGCCAAGGCGUCCCAGUCAACAGGCUAUUUCGAGCUGCAGCUGAUCUCAGUCGAGAAUGUGAACGGCGAGUUGGCGAGCGGGGAGUGCUGCGACGGCUCCAGGAGCUCCCAUGAGGAUCUACGCUGUCUGGAGGACGAGUGUGACACUUACUUCAAGGUGUGCCUCAAGGAGUAUCAAGGGGACAUCACCACUGGAGGGCCCUGCACCUUCGGAACUGGAUCUACACAAGUUCUUGGUGGAAAUAUGUUGAAUUUUCAGAAUGCAAAGAACAAAAUCAGCGACGCUGGCAAAAUUGUGAUCCCCUUCCAAUUUGCAUGGCUGCGAACGUACACCUUAAUCGUUGAGGCCUGGGACUGGGACAACACUACCCGGAACAAUGAUGACGAGCACCUGAUUGACCGCAGCGCCCACACCGGGAUGGUGAACCCCGGUGACCCCUGGAAGACGGUGAACUACGACGGGCCCGUGGCUCGCAUCGUUUACCGAAUCCGUGUGCGCUGUGAUGAGAAUUACUACAGCAACAAGUGCAAUAAACUGUGCGUUCCUCGCGACGACUAUUUCGGCCAUUAUGGAUGUGAACAGUCGGGCGCCCGGGUUUGCUUGGAGGGCUGGAUGGGUCCCGAAUGUAAGACAGCAAUCUGCAAGCAAGGUUGUAAUCUCCUUCAUGGUGGUUGCUCCGUUCCAGGGGAAUGCAGGUGCAACUACGGCUGGCAGGGUCAAUUCUGCGACGACUGUGCCGUAUUCCCCGGAUGCGUCCACGGCACUUGCAACAUCCCCUGGCAGUGCAACUGCGAGAGAAACUGGGGUGGCCUGUUGUGCGAUAAAGAUCUCAACUACUGCGGUCGCCACCAGCCAUGCAUCAACGGGGGCACAUGUAUGAACACUGAGCCUGAUGAAUACUAUUGCGCGUGUCCAGAAGGCUACUCGGGCAAGACGUGCCAGAUAGCUGAGCACGCCUGCGUUUCCAGUCCAUGUGUAAACGGUGGUACAUGCCACGAAGGUCCCUUAGGCUUCGAGUGCCAGUGUCCACCAGGCUGGGAAGGCCCAACCUGUGCAGACAAGUUGGACAACUGUGCUUCCAAUCCAUGUGCCCGCGGAGGAACCUGCAUCGACCGGGAUGUUGGCUUUGAGUGUGUGUGCCCACCUGAGUGGGAAGGAAAGACCUGCCAGAUUGAUGCUAAUGAGUGUGCAAGGAAUCCGUGUCUGAACGCUAAUUCUUGCAAAAAUUUGAUUGGCGGAUAUCACUGCGACUGUUUUCGGGGAUGGGCCGGACAAAACUGUGACAUCAACCUGAGCAGCUGUCACGGUCAAUGCCAGAAUGGCGCAACAUGCAAGAACGGCCCACGCGGUUCCCACUGCCAGUGCCCACCAGGCUUUGUGGGUUCUCACUGUGAAAUCCAAAGAAAUAAGUGUGAGAGCAGACCGUGUCAGAAUGGAGGCCAAUGCCAUUCUGUCUUAGGGGGCUUUGUGUGCCAGUGCCCGAUGGAGUUUGCUGGACAACUGUGUGAGAUCCACAUCUCGUCUCCUUUGGAUGCAUGUGAUCCAAACCCGUGCAAGAACCAGGCCAAGUGCCACAGUAUGAUCCAGGACUUCUACUGUGCCUGUCCUGAGGGCUUUGAGGGAAAAACCUGUGAGCAACCUAAAGUGGACUGCAAAACCACCCCAUGUCAAGUUAUCGACAGCUGCACUGUUGCCAUAGCGACCAACGACUCGGCAGAAGUGCGCCACAUCUCCUCGAACGUCUGCGGACCUCGAGGGCGCUGCGUGAGCGGGCCGACUGGCAACUUCACUUGCAUCUGCGAUCCGGGGUUCAACGGCAUCUACUGUCAUGAGAAUAUAAACGAUUGCCUCAAAAGCCCAUGCAGGAAUGGAGGAACCUGCAUCGAUGGCGUCAAUUCGUUUCAAUGCUUCUGUCCCGACGGCUGGGAGGGAGAACUUUGUGAUCUCAAUGUCAACGACUGCAGACACAACCCGUGUAAAAAUGGCGGCCGCUGCCUCGACCUUGUCAACGACUUCUACUGCGAGUGUGCCGACAACUGGAAGGGCAAGACUUGCCAUUCCCGUGAGAGCCAGUGUGACGCAACCACAUGCAGUAAUGGGGGUACGUGCUAUGACCACGGGGACACCUUCGGCUGCUCCUGCCCACCUGGCUGGGGAGGAAACACAUGCAACAUGGCCAAGAACAGCACAUGCGCCUCCAGCCCUUGCUUGAAUGGCGGAACCUGCGUGGGAGGAGUUGACACCUUUACAUGCAUCUGCAAAGAAGGCUGGGAAGGAGCCACCUGCAGCCAAAAUACAAACGACUGCAACCCUCAUCCGUGUUACAACGGCGGGAUCUGCGUGGACGGAGUCAACUGGUUCCGAUGCGAGUGCGCCCCUGGUUUCGCCGGGCCGGACUGCCGAAUCAACAUCAAUGAGUGCCAGUCUUCACCGUGUGCCUACGGCGCAACUUGUGUGGAUGAGAUCAACGGUUUUCGCUGCAUCUGUCCGCUCGGUAGAACGGGAGUCCGAUGUCAAGAAUUCAUAGGUAUUGGGAAGUCAUGUCACUACGCCGGGCUUCAGUUUCCUCAUGGUAGCCGAUGGGAGGAGGAGUGCAACAGCUGCUACUGCGGCAACGGAAAAGUGGACUGCACAAAGGUUCAUUGCGGUCAACGCCCCUGCCGCCUCCGAUCCUCGGACCGGGACCCGAGCGCUCAUUCUUGCCCCGCUGGACGUGAAUGUGAAGCACAUCGAUACCUCACGUGUUUUUCCGCCCCUUGUCAUCAGUGGGGGGUUUGCUCUCAAGCGCUCACGCAAACAAGUACCAAAUGUCAGCCAAACAGCGGCUACCUGGAUAACAACUGUGGUCGCAUCACGUUGGUUUUCAACAAAGACAAAGUCCCACUGGGAACAACAGUGGAGAACAUCUGCUAUGAGCUUAGGUAUCAUCCUAGCACUCGGACUUUGGCGAAGGACCACUCUCUCCUCCUGCUGUGCGAUCUGUCUCACUCCAGUCAGGAUGCUGUCGAAGUGGCCUUAUCUUUCCAGCCUGAAGAUCUGGCCGACAACAGCCUGAUACAGGAGACGGCCAACACCAUCGUGGGCACCUUGUCGAAGAGGAACAGCAGCAGCAUCAUGUUGGCGGUCAUCGAGGUCAAAGUGGAAACGCAGGUCACAUCGCGUUCAAUGGCAGACUACCUGGUGCCUCUGCUGUGUGUUGUCUUGGGUUUGCUCUGCCUCUUCUGCAUCAUCGUUUCCGUCUGGUGGACCCGCAAACGAAGAAAAGAGCGAGAAAGGAAUGUGCGCUUACCCGUUGACGACAGCGUCAACAACCACUGGGAGCCGCUUCGGCUUGUGGCCGAACGCCAGCAGCAGCAACAACAGCAGCAGCUGUUGAAGGAGAGCAACAGGGAGGCCGAGCAGGAACGCAGAAAGCUCAUGGGACCCUCCUAUCGGACGUGUGACGAAGGGGAGGUGGAGGAGGAGGAGGAGGAGGAGGAGGAGACGGAAGGUGAGCUGGAGGAAGAGCUGUGCGGAGCCAUGGCGGGGAAGCAGCCGGUUUAUAAGUACUCAAAGACUGCAGUGCAGUCGAGUGGGGGGCUGAUCUGCACCACGCGCACCUCAAGUUCACCCCUCAAAGCGCCACACCGGACCCCAGGCUACAGCCCCAAAGACAACCGCUGGAAAAAUGUCAGCGCCGUCAUGACUGGCCAGAAAGAUGUCAGAGACCAUUGUGUAUAAGACAUUUCAAUUAGAGACUCUUUAAGUGGAAGUGAGCCUUUCCAUUUGUUUUGGGGGGGGGGGGGUAUACUGACUACCUUUUGGGAAGAAGAAGGCUUUGUAGUUCAAUAAGCCAUUAUUUGCUUUGUCAUUUUCACCUGACAUUGUUUUGAUUUAAGGCAGCACAGUGGACUUUUUUUUUUUUUAAUUUUUUUGCUUCUCUUUGUUUCUUAAUGUUCUGCCGAAGUGAAAUGUAACCGUUUUCAGGAGGUGAAAAAGAAGCCUGCUGCAAUUUUUGUUUGUACAAAUAACAAAGAAUCUUAGGGAAGAAGUAGAAAAGAAAAAAAAAAAAAAUCUGUUUCCGUUGUUUAUUUCAAAGACUGUUACAGCUUUGAAUAUGUCCGCAGGCGUCUGUGAUGGACAGAUAGAAAUUUAAAGCACCCGGAAGGGUUUGAUUGGGUUCUUGCUCUGGGUUUUACCCUCAAAUCCCGCCUAAGGCCAUCACACGCCAGCCUUACCAAAACACACAUCUUGGGGAAGGGAGGGGUGGGGGGUGGGGGGGAUUGGACAGAAACCCCGGUGCCUACUAUGUGGCCUUCAAUUACGUAGUCCUGUCUGUCUGUCAGUUGUUGUGGCUGAAAGCUCUGUUUGAGGAUUUCUUUUGCAGUAUUUGAGUUGGUAGCAAGUGCCUUUCUACGAGCCCAACCGGAGGCUCCAAGUCGCGCUGCCCAGUUUGACCUCCUUGUUUCCAAAUCUCAAAUGUCUACGUGUGCAUUUAAAGAGUUCCAUUUCACAGCAAUGCCAUUCAAGGUAUUUGAUCCAAACAGAAAUGAUUACUCUGUACAUAUGUGUAUAUACAACAAAAAGGAGUCGCUGUGUAUAUUUGAAAUAAGUAACUUAAGACAAGUCACACAUUUUUAUUAUUAUUAUUGUUAUUAUGAUUAAUAUUAUUAUUAUUUUUUUUUUUUUUUACAACGCCAUUCCUUUUAUUUAUGCCAGUCAAAAUAGGCAGGUUUUUGUAUUAUGUCAUAUCCAGAGUCACACAGUAAAGAACCUUUACAAUGGGGUACCGCUGAUGAAGGACUUUUUGAAGGGUUUAAAAAUGGUUUGUUGCUGGGAACUUAACUUUUUUCCCCCUCCUGAUUUUUAGUUGCGGUGGUACUUUGCUACUACGUAGAGAAUAAUGUUGAAUACGAGGCCGAAUCGUUCGUUUGGAAUGUUCCAAUCCAGUACUGCGUUUUUUUUUUUUUUCCCUUGUUCAAAUGUUCAUUUAUUCUAACUCACGAUUAAGAGUUUUUUUUUUUUUUUGCUCAGUCAGGAUUUGGCCCAUCCUAGCAGCCUUAAAUUGGUUCACCAGUCCAACAAGAACCGUUUCUAAGCCCAUCAUAAAUCUUUUUGGUUUCAGGUGCCUUAAUGUAUUGCGUGAUGCAUUAUUUGUGUAAUCAGUUGUCAUCAUUUGAUGUUUUUGUUUUGUUUUCACAAGUAACUCUUUGAAACAUUGUGUGUUGUAUUGUGGCGUGUUUUAUUCGCCUUGGUAAAGUGCUUUCCUUGUCUCACUUUUCUUUCAUGGAGAUUUCUGGCAAUGACAGAAUUGAAAAGGAAGAAGGCGAAACAAAGGGGGGGAAAAAAAAGUUAUCCACGAUGGCUCUUUUUAAGGGUCAUGAUUGUGGAUAGAAAGUAGGUCAGAUAAAACGCAUUAUUUUCACGAUUGGUUUCAAGGCUUUAAUGAAGGGAACAAUGUUUGCGUUAUGUUACCUUGCAAGUUUGUUUGUUUCAGUUACCAACUCAGUCCAAAAAUGGCUCAUAUCAAAGUUGAACCCAUUUUUCAUAACAUGUAAGACCAUCAUGCUUUCUGUUAAUGGGACACAGCAAAAAUAAAGAAUUAAAGUGGCAUCA